UUGAGUAAACAGUGAAGGGAGGCCGACUAACAUGUAAACACGGCUACUGAGGCUGGGCUACUGAGACUGGGAUACUUGUGUAAAACCAUCCUCCGCUCACUCCGGCCUUAUCUCCAAAAAGUGUGAACGGAAAUGUAACCGUCGCUGUUUACAGUCGAGCUCCAGUGUUUGGGAGGCAGUGGUCGAGCUCCCCGGACCUAUGUGUGAUGGCGGCGUCCAUUUCCACCUGUUUACAAAUGUCCAGUAACUUAUAGAGGACAGUUGUGCGUCGUUCUAUUGGCGGGAAUAUGUGCGUGUGUGGAUAUCUUUAUUUCGAUUUCGAUAUGAUAUAGUGUGUACUCCUAAGGAAUGAACUACAUCCUGCAUUGAUAAGGACGGGCACCUGUUUGUGAUUAUCUCUGAAUUAAUUACUCGGACGAUUUACACAGUUACAAUAUGGAUAGAAAACCACCUCGGCCACGGACUCUGGCGCUCACGCCCCCGUCUGGCAAAAAACAAAUAAAAGUUUCCCGUCAGAGAAAGACGGCUUCAUGGGUGUCCAAGAACGAGAAGCAACACGACCUUCGUUAUCUUGCCAACGACAUCAAAAGUAUCAUCCAGGGAAUUUCAUUCGAGAAGUCCACCGAGGCGAGCGCAGAGGCCACGGACAAUGGCUUUAUGCGGCGCGCGGCGUACAUCGGCGUCCGACGAAGUACUUCUUCUGACGACAAUCGUCGGUUGUCGUCACGGCGCAGUGAUGUUGUGUCGUCGUUCUACCGUGAACGACAAGAGCGUGAUCACCACACGCGCGAAUCAAUGCACAUUGCACGACGGGCUGCACUUCAGGACGUAUACAAUGAGGAGCGUGGCGAGCUGGCCAAUAGUUCGAGUCUCAAGCGGAUUUCGUGUCCCUGGGACAUGUAUUAUGAUACGGACCGGGACGAGUGUCGAUCCCUACAGAUGAUGGCCAAAGAACUUCGCCAUGUACAGGAUGUGCGCGAAAAGGAAGUGCGCGACCUCUUGGCCGUAAAUACAAAGCUGCAGGACAACCUGUUUGAGUCUGAUCAGGAGAUAUGUGUACUACAGGAGUCGAACGCUGGACUAGAGGGACGCCUGACCGAUAUGUUGCAGGUUUACGAACGAAUCAAAGGCAACCUCAAGCGCUGUCUCGCAAAGGUCAAGGACCUGGAGAAACUCGGCAAACUCACUGGUAACUACAGCGACGAUGAAAUCAUUCUAAGAAAUGGCAAGGGAGAUAAAUCGGAAGUGUCCAGCGUAUCGUCGGGGUUUAACACCCUCUCCGAGUCUGAGAUUAUAUCCCUGGGGCCUGGAUACGAGGGUGACGGGGAGGGGUCAAUCUGCGCGGAUAUCAGUCGUCAGCUAGAUGACGCAAUCAACGGGACAGCGCCCCUCCCGGGACUACCAGUGGCAAACAUAUCGGGAAAACAGACGGACCGUCCUCCCGUACCCUCGAACACACCCCGCUCAGCCACGCCCAGUAAUGACCUCGCACAAAUUUCAGCGGAUAAACAGUUCAUAGGCAGACUCCAGGCUGAUGUGAACUCCCUUUCAGAAGUGAACUCCGAACAAUCCAAGGAAAUCGAAAGAUUGCGGUGCGACCUGAUGACAUGCCGAAAACACAUGAUGACGUCACAGUUCCAGUUAGAGGCUGUGGAAAUAGAGUGUGGACGAUUGUUAUCGAUGGAAGACCAGCUAAUCUCUGUCAUCACUCUACUAAAGCGAGCUAGGGAACAGCACGUGCAUCGCCAGUUGCUAGGCGACAUCAUGAUGGGAGCUAUCGCGGCGGCCGUAGCCCUCGAGACCGACGCUUCCCCGGGAUUGUGUGCCGAGUCGUUCCUACGAGAGCUGCAGGAGCAACUCUCCCUUCACCCCGUCCUCAUGUCUGUGGAACUCCUAGAGGGCGCUGUCUCGUCACGUGUCACACUCUCAAACGUGGAGAAAGUCUCGCGACAGAACAAGAGUUUGUUGGAGGAUCUGAAGUUCAUCGAUGACGAAGAUUGUGGACAGCUGAGUGACAAUGACUCUUUUCACAGCCUCGGCAUACACCUUAACGACCAUGACGAUAAAGCGCAUAAUGACUCUGAGUGAUUCAACAAUGACUCUGAGUGAUUCAACGGCAGCGGCCAUGAUGAUGACUUCACAAAUAUUCUCAGUGCAAUAUACGUACCCGUAUACCUCAGUUACAAUGGCAGUCUAUAUAUUACUUAUUGAUGAACGACAAAAUCUUAAAUGUUCAUUCCCUUUUAUACUUCAUCUCUCUACCUCUGUAAGAUCGAGUGUUUUUUUAUAAGUUCUGUAGUGUUUGUUUAUAAGUUCUGUAGUUAUUGUUUAUUAGUUCUGUAGUAAUUGUUUAUUAGUUCUGUAGUAAUUGUUUAUUAGUUCUGUAGUAAUUGUUUAUUAGUUCAAUAGCGAGCUGAAUUGCUGAUUAUUUAUAAGCGUUACUUAUUAUUUAUAAGAUCUGUAGAUUAUCUAUAUGCACUUUGGUUGUUUUAAUACGUAUUUGUGAUUUAUAAGCUAUGCAGAUUGUUUUAUAUAUGUCUUUUAGUGUUUCCUUACAUGCUGUAGUAAUUAUUUCUUAUUCUGUUGUGAUUGAUACAUUGUACUUUUAACUGUACAGUGAUGAUGAGAUUAGAUUUAAUUUCAUUAAUUACAAACGAUAUACCAGAGCUCAAAAAAGAAAAAGAAAAAAGCAAACUGCACAAAAGAUAAAUCACCAAAAUCAAAAUACAAAUAUACAGGUACUAUAAACCAAACAUAGAUAUCAUACCCCAAACCAAAUAUUUACCUUUAAGAUAUGAGUAAACUUAGUAUACGUGUAACAACUCUACUGGCCGGAGAUCAAGUGAACUAUAAUUAUAUACGUACAGUAGUCUAUACCUGGACGACAGGUUUAUUAUAUACAUUGUAAUACCUUAAUUUGCUAUAUAUGUCCGGAGACCAAGUCUAUUAUAUAAUGUCUACCUACCUUAGUCUAUAUAUAUAUAUAAACAUACCUGGAGACAAAAUGUAACUAAAUAAUAUCGGCUGUAUCUUAGUACAAUAUCUACAUAACCUUAUAAUUAUCUUAUUUACGUGUAUGAAAAUAUACUUAUAAAUCAUGUAACAAAAAGGUAUAAGCUAUUCUCUGAACAUCAUUAUUUUGGUACAAUCUUAAUUUUGUUACAAUAUAUGUUUUGAUUACAAAAGUAAGAUGAGUUCAAUAUUAUUUUCAACACAUCCUUAUUUUGGUACAACGUUAUUUUGAGUACAGUAUUAUUUUACACUGUAGUACAGCAGUAAUUCAAUGUUAAUUUUGGUACAAUCGUAUUUUUAGUGUUAUUUUAUUUGGGGACAAUCUGAUUACUUUGUUGACGUUAUAUAAUUGUCACAUUUAAUUUUAUACAAAUGUAUUACCAUAAUAGUUUUCAAUAUUAAUCACAUAUUUAUGAAUCGGAAUAUUACGUGACAGCAGUAUAUUUCAGAACUUUAAUGAUUAUUAUAAAAUAUUUAUAUUUAUUACUAAUUUAUUUACGAUAUACACACAAACAAUGGUCAAUAUACUAUGGUUCAUAUAUACCUGUCUAGAGUUAGAGAUGAUGUACCUUACAUAAGGGCAGCACUGGAGGUUUAUACCUGCUGUCUAGAGUGAGAGAUUAUGUACCUUACAUAAGGGCGACACUGGAGGUUUAUACGUGCUGUCUAGAGUGAGAGAUUAUGUACCUUACAUAAGGGCAGCACUAGAGGUUGAUGUCAGCUUUAACAUAACAAUAUCUGUUACCAGAAGUUUAACGUGAAUUACAUACAUGUAAUGACGCUAGGAGUAUCCUAACAUGUCUUGUUCUUAGCAAAGUUAACUGGUCCACAGAAAUAUUACCAGGGACUACUAACUUCCACUUCAACAACCAUGGAACAAUUGUUUGUCUCUUUUGUCUCCUUUAUUUUUUUGUAACACAAAGUAUGGGUUGAAACUUAUACUCUGUCUUGGUGUGGAAAGGAUUCCACGGAAAGUUACACGUGAGACACACACGCACGUGUACUAUACAUGUGCUACACGUACAUGGAGAUUUUAAGAUGUUGGACACACACGUGUAUUCUGCAUUUGUAAAUGUCUAAAUAACACGUACAUUGUGUUAUUUAAAUGUUUGAAACACACACACACACGUGUAUGAUACAUGUCUGUACUACACGUACAUCAUAAAGAUGCGUUUAUCAAGUGGCAAAUGAAAUUUAAAAAGCGAGAAUUUUGCAUAAGUAUUGCUGGAAGCACAGUGUAUAUUAUUUAUUGAUGUACACAAUUCUGUACCUCGUCACACAUUAAACAUGUACCAGACC